GGUUCCCAAACAAUCUUUUCCCGUUGAAUUUCCUGUUCUUACUACAUUCGCUGUAAUCCAUGGAGCUGCUUACGGUGCUUUCGUCGGAGUCUUAACUGAGGUCUCUAAGCAUGCCUAUCCACAGCAUUCACUUGCCCUUAAGGCUUUUAGCGCUAGUCCUAUGUCACAAGCCCGUCUUUUUGCUGCUAUGGGGGGUGCUCGUGCCAGUAUAACUUGUAUUAUGAAAAGAAUUAGAGGAAAAGAGGAUCUCCAGGCUCGAAUGGCAGCAGGUUUUGGUGCUGGAGUCACGCUUAAAUUGAUGAUGACGCCGAUGAGUGGUCCUGAUGUGGCAGUCAAUGCAGCGAUAGUAGGGGUCAUUGGUGCAAUUGUUGGAGGUACUACUUUCCAGAAGAAGUUCGCAGAGCAAAGUAUAGGCGUGAAACUCCAGCACAAUUCCUAAAUAAAAGAAGUUC